GUCCUUGAAAAACAACAUAUACCAUGCGCUACCGAACCUGAGUAAUGUUCAGAGACCCACGCUACAAGCCAUGUGUCUAACUGUACCUGAACCGCUGGAACCACGAGACUUCCAGGCCCGGGAACUGUUUCCAUGGAGAUCCUUCCUGGGAAGGAAUGGUCCAUACCCCCUGAUGUAUUACCAGUGGCACAUGAUAGAGCACUACAUACAGUUGUGUCUCUCUGGACUCAAGGAUGUCGACAGACAUGUUGCUAAUGGUGAGAUACUUGGGGUGAGUUUGUUGAUGGAGGAUGUCUUACAGACGGGCUAUCAGGAUAUCUCACAUCUCAGUGAUUCUGACGAUCUCGAUACAGCGAGAUCUGAGAAGAAAGAAGGCUCAGUGACAACGUCCAGAGGGGCGAGCAGGCUGGACAUACAGACACCCACAGGCAGCAUUUCCUCCAAAGCAGAGAGCCCUAAGAGCUUGUCUCGGACCAAGGAGCCAGUGGAAGCCUACAAACUCCUCAAGUUCUUCCUCAUCCUUUGGAAGUGCCUGGAGCAUGCUAAAUACUCCUGGGGCAAGAGAAAGCUGUUUGUGGAGGAAAUCAAUAGACCCUCCCUCUUCAAAGAAUACUGCAAAGUUUACAAAACUGAGGUGCUAUUACCAGUCCUACAAAGUGUUGCUAGGAGACUGGGUCAAGGUGAAUUGUAUGAGGGCAUUGCCAUGGAAACAGACCCUCUUGUCAUGCCUAAAGGUGCUUCUGAGAUUGAAAUCAGAUCCAAACAGCUUGUGAAGUUGUUGGAGACGUUUGAGUGCCACAUGAUCACAGAAAUUCGUAAGAAGAUUGAUAAAGAAGCAACUCUAGCAACAGCUGAGAGAGUGCGAGUGGAGAGCAACCUAGCAACUGAUCUGUGGAAGAGACCUGUUAUGAAGGAGAGUUUUACCCUCGCCAAACCACUGAUUGCGGAAGAUUUUGUCACGAAACUCAAGAAGAAGAUGAACGAGACAGAAUCUGGAGAUUUCACCAUCCGCCAUGACGACCUGAAUGAGUGUGUAAGUGAGCUGGCGAGGAACAUCAUGACGAGGGAAAGGCAUAACUUUGACAGCUACACUAUGUAUUAUGAAAAUCUGCUGAGAGUCCAUCAUACUCUUCUUUAUUCCAAAGAGCAGGAGGUCAAAUAUCUUCAGGAUGCCUUGAAGGCUGUUCAACACGACACAAUGGUAGACGUCCAAUGUCUGCUAGGGACACAUGUCCAUGACCUUCUGCAAG